AUGGCCGCUCUGUCUAGCGGCUCUGCGGCCAUUUCGAUCCUCAUGGGCAACGACGACGGGUUCGGAAGUGCCCAGCUUCGCGAGUUCUACCGCUUCCUCAAGGCUGCCGGACACGAUGUCUUGAUCGUCGCUCCCGUCGACAACGAGAGCGGCCAGGGCGGUCGGUCGGUCUACUCGUCGUCGCCGAACCUGACGACGGCGUCCGAGUUCAACCUGAUUCCAGCGGGUGCUCCGGCCCUGGGCCGAGAUCCAUCAGACCCGGACAUCUGGUAUUACAAUGGCACCCCCGCGGCGUGCACCUUUGUGGCCCUGGACCAUGUGCUUCCGCUGUUCUACGACAACAAGACCAUCGACCUCUACGUGGGCGGGCCCAACUACGGCACCAACGUGGGAAGCUUUCUGUACACCCUGAGCGGCACGAUGGGUGGCACGUACGCGGCCGUCGGUCGAGGGUACCCCGCCAUCGCCUUUUCUGGGGGUAACAGCGAGCAGAGGGCAUAUACCUGGAUCAACGCCACCACCGCCUCCGGUCACCCCGACCCUGCCACCAUCCAGGGCCGGUUGGCUGCCGAUGUGGUUGAACAACUCGUGAACGGGACGAAGGCGGGUAAGAGGCUGAUGCCGGUAGGCUAUGGGCUGAACGUCAACACCCCACUCAUUACUUCCCUCAUCAACGACUCGUGCGUCGCCCCGCCGUUCAUUCAGACCCGCUUCUCUGGGGGUGGCUUCAUCGACUCGGCCGUGUUCAACGCCACGACGGGCACGUUCCAUUACGGCGACAUCCUCGGCUCCGGCGUCAACCGCUGCAUCAACGGCAACUGCGCCUUGCCGGGUGAGACCACCAUCGUCGACGAGGGCUGCUUCGCCACCGUCUCCGUCUUCUCCAUCGACUACGACGCCCCGCUGGGCAAAGACCAGACCGAUCUGCGCGUGGCCAUGGAGCCGCUCGUGGCGUUCCAGGAUCCGUCCUCCAAGAUGGCGGUUCGGCGGGCCAUGACAGGUACUUUAGCCAUCUCCCCUCGAAGUGUUGUUUCCAAGAAAUUACGAACGCUAAUGUUUCUACUUCAUUUCUUAGAUCAAGAACUCGAGGAACGUCAUCCUAGUCGGCACGAAUAG